AUGUCUGACCAGAAAGAGGUCGCGCAGUCUUCAUCAUCGCCCACGGAGGACUCCGACACCGCCGCUGUGAUCCUGGCUGAGGCGCCAGAGCCAAAACCUGGGUUAGACGGAGUACCCGUACGUUGGUACGAUGCGGACCGUACAGAGCCGUAUACCCGGAUUUCGCCCUUUCAAGAGAAACAUGACACCAGUGUCGAGUAUGCACACACUUUCUCCGACUCGGAGGACACCCUUGAUGAACAGAAACGUAGAUUUUUCUACAAGCCCAUUACUCUAUCCGCCCUGGGGGCGGCAAUGGCCGUGCUGGCGUAUGUCGCUACCACGCAAGAUGUAUUAGAGGAGGGUCGGGAUAAGCGCAGAGUUGGCGCGUAUGCUGCGGUCGCCGGAUUUCUUCUCUUCUCUAUGAUACAAUUCCGAGAUGGUCCUUUCUUCAGGCCUCAUCCAGCAUUCUGGCGAGUCGUUCUUGGUAUUAACUUGCUAUAUGAGCUCGCCUUGGUAUUCUUGCUCUUCCAAGACCUUGACUCUGCUCGAGAAAUGAUGACCUUUCUCGACCCGAGCUUGGGACACCCGCUUCCCGAGAAGAGCUACGCCGAGAAUUGCGAAUUCACACCGCUGAAUAUCUGGAACGCAGUCGAUAUUUUCUGCCUUGCCCACGCCUUAGGAUGGUUUGGUAAGGCCUUGAUUCUCCGUGAUUAUUGGUUUUGUUGGAUCCUGAGCAUUGCCUUUGAGCUUGCUGAAUAUAGCUUACAACACCAGUUGGCCAACUUCGCUGAGUGCUGGUGGGACCAUUGGCUUCUGGAUGUCCUGAUUUGCAACUGGCUCGGUGCAUAUCUAGGCAUGAAAACGUGUCAAUACUUUGAAGUCAAGCAUUAUACUUGGCGCGGCCUGCGACAAUCCCACGGCCUCCGCUCAAAGACCAAGCGCGUUCUAAGCCAGUUCUCCCCGCAAGAUUGGACCACGUUCAAAUGGGAAGGUACAGCCUCAUUUGGACACUAUUUCACCGUCGUUUUGCUUUUGGCCGUAUUCCUUGCGGCUGAACUUAAUCCGUUCUAUCUGAAGACGUUGUUGUGGAUGGAACCCGAACACCCCUUCGUCAUUGCGCGCCUGGUCGGCGUCUUCUUUUGUGCCUUACCUGCGGUAAGGGAACUCUAUGUGUAUGUCAACGACCCUAGAAAGGCUGUGCGAAUGGGGCAACAUGUCUGGCUGAUGCUUGCCACCAUUGGUACGGAAUUGCUUGUGAUCAAGAAAUGGAGCAAGGGCCAAUUCCCAGAGCCGCUGCCCACUAGCGUCAAAUGGGCCUGGACGAUUGGCGCAUGCCUUCUGGUACUAUACCCGAUUGUGCAAUUCGGGAUUCCAAGCGCCCGAAGAUACAUACGACCCUCGAAGCGCGAUACGAAGCAGAAGGGCAUUUCGUAA